AUGUUCAGCUACCUGCCAUGCACGAAGGGGGAAGAGGCGACGAAGGCCGUCGGAGAGAUCUCCACCACCAUGCUCUUUGGCGUGGGAUUCAACAAUGGAGUGAACUAUGACCCGUUCAACCCGCUUGGCAAGCAUGAUGAGAACAAGGACAGAAAGGCUGCCAACAGGAUCGCGGGCCUCGUCACCAAGGUGAGGAACGAGGCCAUGUUCAGACCCUGGUAA